AUGCAGUGGGACGUCGAGACGGACACCUUCCUCUUUCAACUUGACUUAAAGCAGAAACCACUCACGAGACGCGGUAUUCUCUCGACGGUCAGUUCGCUAUUUGACCCACUUGGUCUGGUCGCACCGGUAAUAUUGGAAGGAAAGCGUAUCGUGCAAGAGCUCUGCAGAGAUGGAAAGGGAUGGGAGGACCCAAUUCCUGAUGAUGUCACCAAAAGAUGGGAAACCUGGAGGUGUCAGCUGAAGGACAUUAGUAAGCUGAGAAUCCCGCGUUGUUACAAGUCACAUGACUGCAAGGAUCAGGAGUUGAAGAGUGUCGAGUUACAUCACUUCGCCGACGCUAGCUUGCUUGGAGGAUACGGUCAACGUAGCUAUAUAAGGCUAUUGAGAGAAGAUGGCAAGAUCGACACAGCUCUAGUUGCAGCUAAGGCCAAAGUAGGACCCAGCAAACCGGUCACAGUGCCACGUUUGGAGCUCACUGCUGCCGUCAUGUCCGUGAAGAUGAGUAACUUUCUCCGCAAAGAGCUUGACUACAAAGAUAUCAGAGAGACGUUUUGGUCCGACAGUAAGGUGGUACUGGGAUAUAUCAACAACGAGGCCAGAAGGUUCCAUGUGUUUGUCGCUAAUCGAGUGCAGAUGAUUAGAGGAAGUACGUCACCAGACCAGUGGCAUCACAUCCCCACUGGAGAAAAUCCCGCAGACGUAGCAUCAAGAGGUGUGACAGUAAAGAACUUGCAAGAUAACCAGUUAUGGUGGAAGGGUCCAGCCUUCCUGUCAUCGCCUGUCAUACAGCCCAGCAGAGACGUCGUUGAGCCAAAACCGAACGAUCCCGAAAUGAGAAAGGUCAAGAUUUUAGCAACACAAGCUAAGCCAAAGGAAGCUGUCGACAUGUUGUCCCAACUAGAGCGUUUUUCCAGUUGGCAUCGGAUGAAACGAGCAGUGGCCAUUUGCCUCAGAAUGGUAAAGGGAUUGAGAGGUGGUACUAUCAAAAUACCUUGUAUCACCGGCGACCUGAAGGAAAACAUGAAGCAGUACAAGCCAGUGGACGUGGCAGAAAUGGGGAAUGCAGAAUUGGUUAUCAUGAAAAUGGUACAAGCCCAAGCCUUCAAAGAGGAAAUCGCCCAGCUUCGCAAAAUGAACUCGUCCGGAGAACCACCACGAGAGAUGAACUCCAAGGAAAACAAAGCCAUUGGAAAGAGAAGUGGAAUCUACAGACUGGAUCCAUAUGUCGACAAAGCUGGUGUCUUGAGAGUGGGAGGAAGGGUACAGCGCGCAGAUGUUCCAGAAUGCCAGAAGCAUCCAAUGGUGUUGCCAGGAAAAGGUCAUGUCGUUCAAGUUCUGAUCGCUCAUCAUCACCGAGACAUUGCCCACUCAGAAAGGGGCAUGACGUUGAAUGCAAUCCUGUCAGCGGGCUACUGGUUGUUGAAAGCAAGAACUGUUAUAACUACAUAUCUGCAGAAGUGCGUGAUCUGCCGAAAACUGAGAGGUGCUCCACUUGGACAAAAGAUGGCCAACCUACCAGAAGAUAGACUGCAGGAGGUGCCGCCAUUUACUUACAGCUCCGUGGACUAUUUCGGACCGUAUCUCAUCAGGCAAGGACGGAGCGACAACAAAAGAUAUGGAGCAGUGUUUACGUGCUUGAACUCUCGCGCCAUCCAUAUUGAGGUCUCAAAUAGUCUUGAUACCAGCUCAUUUUUGAACGCAUACCGGAGAUUUGUUUGCUGCAGGGCCCAGUCAGACACUUGA